UCAGGACUCAUCAUCUCUCUCUCCUUCACGAUAAUCUCCUCCUCCUCCUCCUUCUCCUUGAUUCCCUCAUCGUAUAAUCUCUCCAGAUUCGUUGCUUUCCUUCAAAUCCUCAGCAAACCCACCUCCACCGCCGCCGCCGCUUCUCCUUCUACAGCCCAAAAUCCAACCUUUACACUCACAAUUCCUCUCCCUCUCUCCCUCUUUCUUUCUCUCUCUCUCUCUUUGCUGUAUAUAUGGUCGUGCUUUGAUGUCCUGCGAUCAAGGAUUCAGGACUCGGUGCCUUUUUCCUUUCUUUUCUUGAUUGAGCUUUGAUGGGCUUGGCCUGAAGCUCGAUUCCCGCGAGAUUUGGAGCUUUCUUUGGCAAUCGGUGAAGUGGGUCUCUGGUUUUGCGUAGUCCCAGAAAGGAAGGGGGGGGGGGGGGGGGUGACAUGGAGAAGUACGAGGUGAUCAAGGAUAUAGGAUCGGGCAAUUUCGGAGUUGCCCGGCUCAUGAGGAACAAGGAGACCAAAGAAUUUGUUGCCAUGAAGUACAUCGAGCGAGGUCGCAAGAUUGACGAGAAUGUGGCCAGAGAGAUUAUUAAUCAUAGAUCGCUUUGCCAUCCAAAUAUCAUUCGCUUCAAAGAGGUGAUUUUGACGCCUACCCAUCUUGCUAUUGUCAUGGAAUAUGCGGCGGGGGGUGAGCUCUUUGAGAGAAUCUGCAAUGCUGGAAGAUUCAGCGAAGAUGAGGCCAGAUAUUUCUUCCAGCAGCUCAUCUCAGGAGUUAGCUUCUGCCAUGCCAUGCAAAUAUGUCAUAGAGAUUUGAAGCUGGAGAACACCCUCUUAGAUGGAAGCGCUGCGCCGAGACUUAAAAUAUGUGAUUUUGGGUAUUCUAAGUCUUCUGUGCUUCAUUCAAGACCUAAAUCCACCGUCGGAACUCCAGCAUACAUUGCACCUGAGGUUCUCUCUAGGAGGGAAUAUGAUGGCAAGUUGGCAGAUGUCUGGUCCUGUGGUGCGACUCUUUAUGUGAUGCUUGUGGGAGCAUACCCCUUUGAAGACCCGGAUGAUCCAAAAAACUUCAGAAAGACUAUUAGUCGGAUCAUGGCUGUUCAGUACAAGAUCCCUGAUUACGUUCAUAUAUCUCAAGAUUGCAGACAUCUCCUUUCUCGCAUAUUUGUUGCAAAUCCAUUAAGGAGAAUCACCAUCAAAGAAAUCAAGUCUCACCCAUGGUUUCUAAAGAACUUGCCACGUGAAUUAACGGAGGCAGCUCAAGCAAAGUACUACAGAAGAGAAAACCCAAACUUACCGCGGGAAUUAACAGAGGCAGCUCAAGCAAAGUACAGAAAAGAAAACCCAAGCUUCUCCCCUCAGAGUGUUGAGGACAUCAUGAAAAUCGUGGAAGAGGCCAGAAGACAGGCUCCACCGUCGCACUCCCGCGGGAGCUUUGGCUGGGAAGAGGACGACGAUGGUGAUCCAAAGGAGGAAAAUGCGGAAGAAGAAGAGGAAGAGGAAGAAGAUGAAUACGAUAAGAGGGUCAAGGAGGUGCAUGCUAGUGGAGAAAUCCGUAUCAUUUAAUAUAUCCGUUUUUCUGUCAGUAUGGGUCUAUAAGCUAUUGAAUGGGGCAUCUAUAUAGACAAAGGUGAAUGUUUGUAUCCGAAGGAAGAGAGAUGUCGGUUUUGCAAUUAGAUCCUGAUGUCUGAGCGUGUGUAAAUUGGUGGUUUACUUAAUGAUUGAUUCAUGCUGCUUGUGAAUUUAGAGGGUAUGGAGAACAUAAGAGUUUGUAGCCUAAUUGUGAAGCUGUGAGCUUGUAGUGAUUUGUCAGCAAGGGUAAAAUACAAAACAGCCGAGUGCCUCUUGUUAUUAUCA